UAUUAUUACCUAUCCAUUAUACAUUUUGAUAAAAAUAGAUUAAUAUUGAAUUAUGCAUACAAUUUGAGGUAGCAAAUAUUUUAAAAGGGAUAGCAGAGAUCCCCCCUUAAAUCUUAAUUGAAGAACAUAUAGCAGAGGUUCUAAACCCAGAGAUCUAGGGGAAUCAAAUGGGGAUUAUGAAUCUUCCUCUUUUCCUUCUCUCUUUCGUUCUCUUCUCUGUGAUGCAGUGUCCGACACUGGCUCUCAAACGGUCUUACGUGGUGUACCUAGGUGGCCAUUCACAUGGAUCUCAACAUACUUCUGAAAUGGAUCUCAACAGAAUUACUGAUUCCCAUCAUGAUCUUUUGGGUUCUUGCCUGGGCAGCAAGGAGAAAGCACAAGAAUCAAUUUUUUACUCCUACACACAUCACAUAAAUGGUUUUGCUGCUAACCUGGAAGACGAAGAGGCAGCAGAGCUCUCAAAGCGGCCAGGAGUUGUAUCUAUUUUCUUAAACCAGAAACAUAAACUGCAAACGACUCGGUCUUGGGAGUUUCUUGGACUAGAGAGAAAUGGAGAGAUUCCUGCAGAUUCUAUCUGGGUUAAGGCAAGAUUUGGCGAAGAUAUAAUUAUUGGAAACAUAGAUACUGGUGUUUGGCCUGAAUCAGAAAGUUUCAAUGACCAAGGAAUGGGACCGAUUCCAUCAAAGUGGAAAGGUUACUGUGAGCCCAAUGAUGACGUUAAGUGCAACAGGAAGCUGAUUGGAGCGAGGUACUUCAACAAAGGGGUUGAAGCAGAGUUGGGGAGUCCGCUCAAUUCUUCCUACCAAACUGUACGAGAUACAAGUGGGCAUGGCACGCAUACACUGUCCACAGCUGGUGGUAGAUUUGUUGGUGGAGCAAACCUCUUGGGUUCAGGCUACGGAACUGCAAAGGGCGGCUCUCCUAGUGCUCGAGUUGCUUCAUACAAGUCUUGCUGGCCAGAUUGCAAUGAUGUUGAUGUAUUGGCUGCCAUUGAUGCUGCCAUACAUGAUGGCGUUGACAUCCUCUCCCUUUCAAUUGCAUUCGUAUCUCGCGAUUAUUUCUUAGACAGCAUCGCAAUUGGAUCUCUUCAUGCUGUCCAGAAUGGAAUUGUUGUUGUCUGUGCUGGCGGGAAUUCUGGGCCCACGCCUGGGAGUGUUACAAAUUCGGCACCAUGGAUUAUAACUGUUGCUGCUAGUACAAUUGAUAGGGAAUUUCCCUCUAAUGUCAUGCUGGGUAAUAACAAGCAAUUCAAGGGCCUGAGCUUCAAAACCAAUAGUUUAACAGCCGAGAAGUUUUAUCCCCUGGUAUAUUCUGUAGAUGCUAGAGCUGCUAAUGCUUCUGCAAGAGACGCACAAAUUUGCUCAGUUGGAUCCCUGGACCCAAAGAAGGUGAAAGGAAAGAUUGUAUACUGUCUGGUUGAUCCGAGUGGUCUCAAUGCACUUAAUGUUGAGAAGAGCUGGGUGGUUGCUCAGGCUGGUGGCAUUGGGAUGAUUCUUGCUAACCAUCUUACUACCGCUACUUUGAUUCCUCAAGCCCACUUUGUUCCCACUUCACGAGUCUCUGCAGCUGAUGGUCUUGCCAUUUUGUUAUACAUUCACACUACGAAAUACCCUGUGGCUUACAUCAGUGGUGCAACUGAAGUGGGUACAGUCACAGCACCAAUCAUGGCUUCCUUUUCUUCUCAGGGUCCUAAUACGAUCACUCCUGAAAUCCUCAAGCCUGACAUCACCGCACCCGGAGUGCAAAUUAUAGCUGCUUACACAGAAGCAAGGGGGCCUACAUUUCUCCAAUCAGAUGAUCGUCGUGUUCUCUUCAACAUCUUAUCUGGUACUUCAAUGUCAUGCCCUCAUGUUUCUGGAGCUGUAGGCCUUCUCAAAAAAAUUCACCCUAAUUGGAGCCCAUCAGCCAUAAGAUCUGCAAUCAUGACCUCCGCGAGAACCAGAAGUAAUUUGAGACAACCUAUAGCAAAUGGCACACUAGCAGAGGGAAACCCCUUCAACUAUGGUGCAGGGCAUCUCUCGCCUAACCGUGCAAUGGACCCAGGCUUGGUCUAUGACUUAACCAUCACUGACUACUUGAACUUUCUGUGCUCUAUUGGCUAUAAUGCAACACAACUUUCAACAUUUGUGGACAAGAAAUACGAAUGCCCAUCAAAGCCCAUGAGACCUUGGGAUUUAAACUACCCCUCAAUAACUGUCCCGAGUCUCUCAGGAAAGGUAACGGUGACUCGGACCCUAAAGAAUGUUGGAACUCCAGCUACAUACACGGUUCGAAUUAAGGCGCCUAGUGGAAUAUCGGUGAAGGUGGAACCUAAGAGACUGAGAUUUGAAAAGAUAAAUGAAGAGAAAAUGUUCAAGGUGAAAAUAGAGGCCAAGAGAGAUGAUGGGGGAGGUGAGUAUGUUUUCGGAAGGCUCAUAUGGUCAGAUGGAAAACACUUCGUCGGAAGCCCUAUAGUGGUCAAUGCAACCACUCUUCAUAUGUAACCAUGCUUUUGAUUGAACUUUAUGUAACAUCAAGCGUAAGUACCAUAAAUAGGUCUAUGUUUACCAUUUGGAAUCAUUGUUAAGGAAAAAAGACAGAACUUGAAUUUCA